AUGUCAAGCAAUGCAAUCACAAUUUUUCUCUUGUUUCUCAACAUCUCUAUCUUUCCAGCCAUCUCUGCUUUGAACCAAGAAGGCCACUCUCUACUUUCAUGGCUUUCAACCUUUAAUUCUUCUUUUUCGUCUACUUUCUUCUCGACAUGGGAUCCAAGCCACCAAAAUCCAUGCAAAUGGUAUUAUGUUAGAUGUUCUAGCAAUGGUUUUGUCUCAGAAAUAACAAUCACCUCCAUCAACCUUCCUACCGGCUUCCCUAACCAGCUCCUCUCCUUUAACCAUCUCACAACUCUCGUCCUUUCAAAUGGAAACAUCACCGGAGAAAUUCCACGGUCGAUAGGGAACUUGUCCUCACUGAGCACCUUAGACCUCAGUUUCAAUUCUUUUACUGGAAACAUCCCAGCAGAAAUUGGGAGACUUUCUCAAUUGCAGUUACUUGCACUGAAUACAAAUUCAUUAAAAGGCGAGAUUCCAAAAGAAAUAGGAAACUGUUCAAGGCUUAGACAGCUAGAACUCUUUGAUAACCAGCUCUCUGGAAAGAUUCCUGCAGAAAUAGGUCAGUUGUUAGCUUUGGAGACCUUUCGUGCAGGCGGUAACCCAGGAAUUUAUGGAGAAAUUCCAAUGCAGGUAUCCAACUGCAAAGGACUACGCUUUUUGGGUUUUGCAGAUACUGGGAUUUCAGGCGAGAUUCCAAGUAGUUUAGGAGAACUGAAGCAUCUUCAGACUCUUUCAGUCUACACAGCUAAUCUUACAGGCAGGAUUCCAGCAGAAAUCAGCAACUGCUCAGCAUUAGAGCAUCUCUAUUUGUACGAAAACCAACUUUCAGGCAGGAUUCCUGACGAAUUGGCUUCGUUGACAAAUCUCAAGAAGUUGUUGUUAUGGCAGAACAAUCUAACAGGGAGCAUUCCAGACGCUCUAGGCAAUUGUUUGGCUUUGGAAGUUAUUGAUCUCUCGAUGAAUUCUCUAAGUGGUCAGAUUCCUGGAUCUCUUGCCAAUUUGGUUGCAUUGGAGGAGCUUCUUUUAUCAGAGAAUUACCUUUCAGGAGAAAUCCCGCCUUUUGUUGGCAACUUUUCUGGUCUGAAGCAGCUCGAACUAGAUAACAACAUAUUCACUGGUGAGAUUCCACCAGCCAUUGGCCAAUUGAAGGAGCUUUCGCUGUUUUUUGCGUGGCAGAACCAGCUCCAUGGAAGCAUACCGGCUGAACUAGCCAGAUGUGAGAAACUUCAAGCAUUGGAUCUUUCGCACAAUUUCCUUACUGGUUCAAUUCCACAUUCUCUGUUCCAUCUCAAGAACUUAACUCAAUUGCUGCUGAUAUCAAAUGGAUUUUCAGGUGAAAUUCCACCAGAUAUUGGUAAUUGCAUUGGUUUGAUCCGUUUACGAUUAGGAUCAAACAACUUUACUGGUCAGAUUCCCCCAGAAAUAGGUCUCUUACAUAGCUUGAGCUUCCUUGAAUUGUCAGAUAAUCAAUUUACUGGAGAAAUCCCUCCAGAGAUUGGUAACUGCACUCAUCUAGAAUUGGUUGAUUUGCACAGAAAUAGACUCCAUGGAACCAUUCCCACAUCUGUCGAGUUUCUUGUUAGUCUAAACGUUUUAGACCUUUCCAAGAACUCUAUAGCAGGCUCCAUACCUGAGAACUUAGGCAUGCUUACAUCCUUAAACAAAUUGGUAAUCAGUGAAAACUACAUUACUGGUUCUAUUCCAAAGUCACUUGGCCUGUGUAGGGAUCUGCAGCUGUUAGAUAUGGGCAGUAACAGACUCACUGGUUCAAUCCCAGAUGAGAUAGGUCGAUUGCAAGGACUUGACAUCCUAUUGAAUUUGAGUAGGAAUUCUCUAACGGGCUCUAUUCCUGAAAGCUUCGCAUAUCUCUCAAAGCUUGCCAACCUGGAUCUUUCGUACAACAUGCUCACAGGAAUGCUGAAAGUGUUAGGCAGUCUUGACAAUCUUGUCUCUCUUAAUGCCUCGUGCAACAACUUUUCAGGUUUGCUUCCUGAUACCAAGUUCUUCCAUGAUCUCCCUGCCUCCGCAUAUGCUGGCAAUCAAGAGCUCUGCAUUAACAGAAACAAGUGUCACAUGGAUGGAAGUCACAAUGGCAAGAACUCCACCAGAAACCUUGUCGUGUGCACCCUUCUCGGCAUAACUGUGACCUUGUUGAUUGUGCUUCUUGGUGGACUUCUGUUUGUCAGAAUUCGUGGAGCUGCUUUUGGAAGGAAAGGAGAAGACAUUUUGGAGUGGGAUUUCACCCCAUUUCAAAAGCUUAACUUCUCAGUAAAUGAUAUUGUGACAAAGCUCUCAGAUUCAAACAUUGUUGGGAAGGGUGUUUCAGGCAUUGUUUAUCGUGUCGAGACUCCAAUGGAACAGGUCAUUGCUGUGAAAAAGUUGUGGCCGCUGAAUAAUUGUGAGAUUCCAGAGAGAGAUUUGUUUUCUGCCGAGGUUAGAGCUCUUGGAUCCAUAAGGCAUAAAAAUAUAGUGAGGCUUCUUGGAUGCUGUAAUAAUGGAAAAACCAGAUUGCUCUUAUUUGACUACAUCAGCAAUGGGAGUUUGGCUGGAUUGCUCCAUGAGAAGAAGGUAUUCUUGGAUUGGGAUACAAGAUACAACAUAAUACUUGGGGCAGCUCAUGGCUUGGCUUAUCUUCAUCAUGAUUGUAUUCCUCCAAUCGUACAUCGUGACAUCAAGGCUAAUAACAUCUUGGUUGGACCACAAUUUGAAGCUUUUCUUGCAGAUUUCGGGCUGGCAAAGCUUGUUGAUUCUGCAGAAUGUUCAAGAGUUUCUAAUACGGUUGCAGGUUCUUACGGGUACAUUGCCCCAGAAUAUGGAUACAGUUUCAGAAUCACAGAGAAAAGUGAUGUGUACAGCUAUGGUGUAGUUCUCCUAGAGGUCUUAACAGGGAAAGAACCUACUGAUAACCGGAUUCCUGAAGGUGUCCACAUUGUCACAUGGGUUAGCAAGGCACUCCGAGAAAGAAGAACAGAAUUGACAGCAAUCCUAGAUCCACAACUACUUUUGCGAUCAGGUACGCAACUCCAAGAAAUGCUUCAGGUGCUUGGGGUGGCGUUCCUGUGUGUGAACCCUACCCCGGAAGAACGACCCACCAUGAAAGAUGUAACAGCAAUGUUGAAGGAGCUAAGACAUGAAAAUGAGGAUUUUGAAAAACCAAUAUAUCGUGGCAAGGAAACAGCUACCAAUCCAAAAGCAGAAGUUCACUCUUCUAGUUUCUCUAGAUCAUCUGAACCUCUAAUUAGAUCACCUUCCUAA